AUGGUUCGCCCCACUAUUCACCACACUGUUGGAGCCAAACAGCAGGCUGCGCGCGAGAAACGCAGGAGACAUUAUGAAAAGCACCAAGACAUUAUUUUAUUAAGACGUCGUCUCUGCCACACCAACAGCACACCCUCUGUCACAGCUGAGUCUAACCCAAAUGACCUGUCGGAUGAUGAGGUUGACUUUGAGGCAAUCGUUACUUUAUCUGACUGUUUGAGGCUCGUAUGCGAUGCGAAGAAUAAAGUCCUGCAAAUCGUUCCUUCUGCGGUACCCACAGUAUACGUCGAGGAUGUCCUUCGAAAAUAUGCAAUGUCGUUGCUCACCAGUGUCGCCGGGGAUAUUGAGAUAUUUGGGAAUGCAGUCAAGCACGUUGAGCCCUAUUUGAUCUGGGCACAGCAGGAGCAGGAUAAGAUUUUUAAUAUGUGUGGCGUAUGUGAUGAAUGGCGCGCUGCUGACGAGGUUUCUCGCUUCAUCGGGCAUCUGGUAGCUAUGUUAGAGGAUCUUUACAGACUAGCUGUUUGGGGUGACCUCGAUGAAGCCUACUUACUUGGGGAAACCAUGUACCAGAAAGUCUUGGGACUGGAGGCUCCUGGAGUCUAA